CGGCGCUAGGGUUUCCCCCCGUGUCGCCAGAGGAGGGCGACGCGGGGGCGGUAUGUUCCACAACCAAGCUAUUUCAGUGUUCAGAGUUGCCCUCUUUAGCAGUUUGUCCGCCAGCUAUACUUGGCUUUUACCCCAGAUGUAAGCAGUCGAUCUAAUGGAAAUGAGAGUUCUAACACCCACUCGUUUGUUCACUGACACACCCAUUGUUCAUUCAUAUGCUCAGACUAUAUAUUGAUAUAAUUUUACUUAAUAUUCAUAGAUGGUCUAACUAAAGCGCGAUUUUUUCUCCAGUGGUCCAGUGCCACAGAUGUUGACGGUGCCGCAGAGGCAAUAAUUGGGUAUAUUCAGAAAAUGGUGGAUCAAAGAGUCUUCUAUAUUCAAAUUCUUCAGAAUGGAGAAGUAGAAGAUCAAUGCAGAGGGCAAUUGCAGAGGAACUGAAACUUGAUUGCUCGACAAUGGCUAUUAUAGAUGAGCAGGAUGAAGAGGACGACUUUUAUGGAGUUCAUGACAGAUCACGGGGUGAGAUAGCAGCUGUGUCAAGAAAAAUUAAUCAUAUUUUGAAGGAUAGUAGAUUUGUGAUGCUUUUCCAUAAGGGUUGUGAUGAAGAGAUUGUUUUAUAUGGCUUCGGUGUUCCUCGAUUUGGCAAGUUUGAAGACAACCUUUUGAUAUGGACAUCUGGGAGGAGGCGGUUAAUCUUUAAAGAAAACGACAUCACGACACGAGCCAAUCUGCAGGUUUAUGAGGGGAUAGUGAAUUUAACGAAUGAACAAUUUUAUGCAAUACUGUGUAAAGAGGGCGCCAUCAUAGCUCCAGGCAUCGACCCUACAGUGGUCUCAGAUUGUUUUUUGUACAAACUAUUACUGCAUGUCAGCUUUCUUACCACCACUAAAUAUGAUUGGGCUGGUCAUGCUUUCAAUUGUUGGAUAUGUGAUGGGAUUCUGCAAGUGGACAUAUCAAGGGAGAUAAGUAAUGUGCUGAGAAGAAAGAUAAGUAUGGAGGGUGAUGCUUAUCUACUUGAUUACAUGCUUAGAAAGUUCAAGAAAUAUUUGAAGCUUCCUUUUCUGAGAGUUAAAGAUGGUGAUGUGUAUGAAGAAGGACCAUACCGUUGGAUUUCAAUGACAUCAAAGGAUACAAAACUACAUGGUAUGCAAAUUGUUCCUGCACAGACAUCAUCUUUCUUCUUGGAAUUUGAAAGAUCUGAACCACUGCUAGCAUUGCCAACUGGUUUGUUUGAACAUUCCAGCAUCCUUGGUGUGCUAAUCCUUUGUUGUUGCGCCUUCAAUUUUGCAUCACCUCCUUUUGCAAAAUGUCAUAGCUUGAAAUUCCUUGGACUAGACCACUGUACUGAUAACAAUACAUGUGAAGUAGAAGAUCAUACUGAGUGGGUAUGUUUGUAUUUGCUGAGGGUUCUAGACCUACAUUACACAAAAUGGAAUGAGAUCUUAUCUAUAAAAAAUAUUGAUCUGAUGACCAACAUCAGAGAACUAAAUAUAGAGGGAUUCAUUUGUUGGCAAUACACAACCCACUUACAAGGUCGGCUACCUAACCUUGAGAGGCUCCGAAUAAUCAAGCCAGGAUCUGAACCCGAGAUUUCAUUAGACACAAGCAAUUCCUUCCUUGGCAGGACAAAGCUAGAGAUACUUGAUUUGUCGGGCAAUAGUAAUAUGGAGGUUCUACCAAGCAGCCUAUCAGAAGUGAGUAGCCUUGAUGUGCUUGUCCUAGAUGGUUGCACUAAGCUUCAAGAUGUUGUGCCUGAUGUGCUCCCUCACUUGCUACGGUCAUUCAGACUUGAUGCUUAUGGGCCGCCAAGUCGACGGAUACCAAAUGUUGAGCAACCUAUGGAACAUAUCAGUUCAUCCACUCCAUUUCGAAAAAAAAAAAUCAGUUCAUCCACUGGAUCAAAUAAAAAUGGUUCCAACAAUAUCUCUAGAAUCUCCCUACAAGGUUGCACAAGGUUGGAUAGUCUAUUCCUGCGCGGGUUACCAAAUCUGGUCGAGUUAGACCUCUCCGGGAGUGCAAUUAAAGUUCUUGACUUUGAAACCAUGGUGGUUGAAGUUCCAGGGCUCAAACGGCUAUUUCUGCUAGGAUGUGAGCACCUUCGUGCAAUAGGAUGGGGCAAACGGUGGAUACUGUAUAGCACAAAGCCUGACCUGGAAUUAUUAUGCAUAGACACGCGAGCUGGAACGGUGCGUCCUCGGCCACCCCUUAGCAAGAAUAAACCCUUACGGUUGCAGGUGCAUGCUGUUGUUGAGGAUGCAAGGCUUGCUUGGUCCCUAUGCCCUCCGAUGAUUAUGGGAGCACGAGAUGACGGCCUUAAGGAGGUUUAUUUUAAUAUCCAUGUCACAUCCUCACUUGUACAUAACGGGUCUGUUCAACUCAGAGAACUCUGCAAGAAGAAGACUAGCAUGCACGGUGAUCAAGUGAGCAUGCAGCUAUCUGGUAUACCUCCAGGAAGCCAAUACAUGGAUGUCUUUAGCAUGGUUAGCGCCGUCCCCCUUAUGCAGGCUUUUCCAGAGCCGCCGACUAGCAACUUGGACUAUCAUAUUGAGAUCGGUGAAGGAGGCCGCAGCUUGGAGAGCGCACUGGACGGACAUAAUAAUAAUGAUUAUAACUAUAAUGAUCGUAACUUAGCUUUUAUAAUGAAAUGGUUUGCGGAGUCACUGCAUGUGCAUGAUGUCUCGGUUAGUGGUAGUAUGCCCAUGGGAUAUUGGAACAUGCUCAAGCAGUGCCGCAUGGAGAGGUGUCCCAAGUUGGGUACCGUAUUCCCUUGGGGGUCUCAAGGGAAUAGUUCGGGGUCGUCUGGAUUUGAAACACUGGAGACUUUUUGGGCGUGCGAUCUCCUGAUGGCCCGCCAGAUUUGGAGUAAAGGUUCGCACAUCAAUGUAACGAGUACUAAAAGCUUCAGAAACCUGCAGCACCUACACCUGAGCUCCUGUCCCAGGCUCCAGUUCAUGCUCCCCGUCUGGGUCUCUUCCUUCCCCAGCCUGGAGACCCUUCACAUCAUCCACUGCGGCGACCUCAAGCACAUCUUCGUGCUGGACGGAUGGUACCCCGAGGAAAUAGCCACCAACGGUGUAGCGUUCCCGAAGUUAACCGCCAUUUACCUUCAUGACCUGCCAACGCUGCGGCAGAUAUCCGAGAUGAUGAUGGUUGCGCCCAUACUGGAGACCAUCAAGAUCAGAGGUUGCUGGAGCCUGAGCCGCCUGCCGGCUAUGAACAAAUCCCGUGGUCCAGGCAUGAAGAAGCCGACCGUCGAGAUCGAGAAGGACGUGUGGGAUGCGCUGGAGUGGGACGGCGUCGAGGCCGGCCACCACCCGAGCCAUUUCGAGGCACCAGUGCACUCGCGCUACUACAAGAAGAAACUGCCCAGGACAUCCGUCCUCAGGUGAUUCCUGCACUUCAUCGAGAUGUGUUUCUUCCAUGGGGAUAGCUUGCUGAUUCAGAGUGAUGGAUGCUCCUGCGGCUGUAUGCGUGUGGGUUGCUUGUGUGCUUUGAAGGAGAAUUCCAGGCGUGAUGGCCAUCGAUCAAUUGCUUUUAACUACGUACUAUCGUGUGUUGUGUCAGGUGUGAGCUUACGGUGGCUCUAACCUCAUGUGUGGCUUUGAAAUAAGAGGCAGUCUGGUUCGCGCCUGAGUACACACUGGGCUGGCUGAUAUGUGUGGUUUGCGAUUGAGUGUUUAAUGUGUGUGUGCCUGCGUGCAACUACUUAUCUGAGUGUUUAAUGGGUGUGUAUCUGAACUAAGAAGCAGUUUAUUUGUGUGCAUCGAACUUUGGUGCAUCUUUGUUUGGUGUGGUUUUCACAUUAGCAACAGAUAUACAUGUGUGCCGGUUGUUGCA